CCGUCACCUCCCAUUCAUGACGGCCACAGGCAUUUUCCCCUAAUUCUCACCGCCGACGACGCCGUUUGGUCUGAAAAACCCUCUCCGAUGGCCGCCGACAAAACGCAGAAGGGCGCGACCUCGAUCCCGCCGUACAUGAAGGCGCUUUCCGGAUCCCUAGGCGGCAUAGUCGAGGCCAGCUGCCUUCAGCCCAUCGACGUCAUCAAGACGCGGCUCCAGCUCGACCGUACGGGCACGUACAGAGGUAUAAUCCACUGCGGCACCACAAUCUACAGGAGCGAGGGCGUGCGGGCGCUGUGGAAGGGGCUAACGCCCUUCGCGACGCAUCUGACGCUUAAAUACGCGCUACGGAUGGGUUCCAAUGCGGUCCUGCAGUCCGCUUUCAAGGACUCGCAGACGGGAAAUCUGAGUCAACACGGCCGGAUUUUGUCUGGUUUUGGUGCGGGCGUGCUCGAAGCUCUUGUGAUUGUGACCCCAUUUGAGGUGGUGAAAAUCAGACUUCAACAGCAAAGAGGAUUAAGCCCGGAGCUCCUCAAGUACAAAGGCCCAGUACAUUGCGCUCGUAUGAUAAUCCGUGAAGAAGGCCUGCUCGGUUUGUGGGCGGGGGCUGCCCCAACCGUGAUGCGAAACGGGACUAACCAAGCUGCAAUGUUUACAGCCAAAAACGCGUUCGAUGGUUUUCUAUGGGACAAACACGAAGGGGAUGGGAAAGUGCUCCAGCCCUGGCAGUCCAUGAUAUCGGGCUUUCUUGCUGGGACUGCAGGCCCAAUGUGCACAGGUCCAUUUGAUGUCGUGAAGACAAGGCUUAUGGCCCAAAGCCGCUCGGGUGGUGAGAUGAAGUACCGAGGCAUGUUUCAUGCUAUUGGGACUAUUUACGAGGAAGAAGGGAUUCGGGCUCUGUGGAAAGGGCUGUUGCCUCGGCUGAUGAGGAUACCGCCAGGCCAGGCUAUUAUGUGGGCCGUGGCUGAUCAAGUUAUGGGCUUUUAUGAGAGGAGGUACUUGAGCAAUGCUGCACACUUGUAGCGUCUCGAUUGUGUGGUGAUAUUUUUUCCAGUUUGAUUUAAAUUCUUUUCGGGGACAUGUUACGGUUUUAUUACUGGUUCUUGAGUUUGGUGUGCGGUUUGAUGUUGGCAUUAAUGGAUUAGAGUAGG